AUGGAUAAGCUUACCGCCCCGGAACCGGCAGAACAACGGGGCUCCGAGCCCGCCCCGGCCACACCUGUCAACACUACUUCCUAUAACUAUCAACUUCCUGGCCCUUUGAUUACUUCUCCUCAAGACCAUCUCCUUGAUCUAAACGACUUUAUUGAAUCAUACAACAGUCAAAUACAAUCCAUUCCCAGCAUGGCUGACCGUUUCCCUUCCCUAGAGGACUUCUCUGAGGGUCAAACUGAAGUAGCCGACGUCCAAGCCACCACAGAUGAUGAUUUCCUUGCCCGUGAGCGUGCCGCACUCGGUGAAGACGCUGAGCAAUUCGCUACUUCUCAAGACCACGUUGCUGGUGCGAAUGUAGGCGCGGUGGAUGACGACUUGCUCGGCGGAGGUGACGAGCCCGCUGAGGAGAUUGGCCAAUUUGAAUCAUCCUUCCCCUCCGUUGUGACACAGAACCAGAACGAGCGCGUUGCUCCCGGUGGCACAAUCACUGGCUCCGGCUCACCCUUCCCCCGCACCGGAUACCAGAGCGCUCAGGAACCCGAGGAUGAGGGAGAUGCUGUUCGUGAAUGGCGCGAGAAACGUGAUUCUGAGAUCGCCCGCCGUGCAGAGGUCUCCGCCGAGAAGAAGGCUAGUACCGUCAAGAAGGCACAAGAGGAUAUUGAUGAUUUCUACGUUUCCUACAACAACAAGGCCGAUAAAAACCGCUCCCACACCCGCGCUGAGGCUGAACAGUUCCUCGCCAACCGGGAGGAUACAUCUGCGGGUGGCACCAGCUGGGAGCGCAUUGCUAAGUUGGUUGAUGUAUCGGGCAAGGGCUCCGCGGGCGGUGCCAGCGGCUCCGGAAAGGAGCGCUUCCGCGAAUUGUUGCUCGACCUCCGAAAAGACCAGGAGGCUCCUGGCUCCAGCGGAAUCUAG